AUGUCAGAUGAGGAGAGAAGAGCGAAGAUCGUCGAGGCGAAGCAGAUCUUUGACACGUACGACCAGGACGGUGGUGGGAGCAUUGAUGCUCAGGAGUUGAAAGAAGCUCUGGCGGCUGCGGACGUCGAGAUGAGCGAGGAGGAAGUGGCUUCUCUUCUUGAGGAGUACGAUGAGGAUGGCUCGGGAACAAUCUCGUUUGAAGAGUUCUGUCAGAUGCAGGUCAGGAUCUGUUGA